GGGGCCCGUGACCUCAUCUUCUUUGCAUAAAACCAAAUUCAACCCUUCACUUCAACCUUUCAUUACUACGUUAUCUUAUUUUUAUUCUAUACCAGACUAAUAUUCCUACUUUUGCCCAAAAAAAGAUAAGAAACUAACCAGCUUGUCUUCUGGAUCUUCUUUUUAGUCGAUGAACUUGUUAGUGAAGUAUUAUCUACUAUUACUCCUAGUACCCGGCUGGAAACUCUGGGUCAGUUGGUCCGCGCGUCUGGUCGCUGAGCUCUGAGGUCACUGAUUUCUCUCCCCCGCCGGACCGCACCUUCUUGUACUUCACUGAAGAUCCUCCCCGCCUUCGCUGUAGCGUUGACAUUUAUUGUCCUAGUCUAGCAGUCUUCUUUGAACUGCCAACCGUUGUUAUCUUUGGGGAGCGCGAAAGUUGUCAAUCGAUAUUUUUAAGCUGGGAUUGCCUUGCUUUAUCUUUAUACAUUGUCAUUUUAUAUCUUGCACCCCUCCCUUGUCUUUUCUAUCGUCAACCCUGAUUCCACUUUGCGAUAGGUUUCUUUGGACUCAACAUUCUUGAUUUUAUUCCCUCCUUCGAUUAACGAAUCUGAUCAUUCCCAACAAUGCCUUCCCUCGAAGACGGUUCGAAAAAUGACUCGAGACUACUGCUCAUUUCAAAUCGAUUACCGAUUACGAUAAAACGAUCCGAGGAUGGGAAAUAUGACUUUUCCAUGUCAUCUGGUGGCUUGGUCAGUGGGCUCAGUGGGCUAUCCAAAUCUACGACUUUCCAAUGGUAUGGCUGGCCCGGCUUGGAAGUUCCCGAAGUGGAGAUACCGGUGGUCAAGCAGCGGCUGAAGGAAGAAUACAACGCGAUUCCAGUAUUCAUCGAUGAUGAGCUUGCAGAUCGACACUAUAAUGGAUUCUCUAAUUCUAUUCUCUGGCCUCUUUUCCAUUACCAUCCGGGUGAAAUUACCUUCGAUGAAUCAGCCUGGGAAGCGUACAAGGAUGCGAACCGACUCUUUGCGAGAGCCGUCGCGAAAGAAGUCCAGGAUGGAGAUUUGGUUUGGGUGCAUGAUUACCAUCUGAUGCUUCUUCCCGAAAUGCUCCGAGAAGAGAUAGGAGAUAAGAAACAGAAUGUUAAGAUCGGAUUCUUUCUCCAUACCCCCUUCCCUAGCAGUGAGAUCUAUAGAAUCCUCCCCGUACGAAACGAGCUCUUACUUGGGGUCCUCCAUUGCGACCUCAUUGGCUUCCAUACCUACGACUAUACAAGACAUUUCCUGAGCGCUUGCUCACGGCUAUUGGGGCUGGCGACGACUCCCAAUGGCAUAGAGUUCCAGGGCAAGAUCAUUGCCUGCGGAGCUUUCCCGAUCGGUAUUGAUCCCGAGAAAUUCCAAGAGGGUCUUAAGAAAGAGAAGGUUCAGAAGCGGAUUGCACAGCUUGAGCAAAAAUUCCAAGGUGUGAAGCUCAUGGUUGGCGUUGACCGCCUUGACUAUAUAAAGGGCGUUCCGCAGAAGCUGCAUGCGCUGGAAGUGUUCCUUAGCGACCAUCCCGAAUGGGUUGGCAAAGUUGUCCUGGUUCAAGUUGCUGUUCCCAGUAGGCAAGAUGUCGAGGAAUAUCAGAAUUUGAGAGCCGUUGUAAACGAGUUGGUCGGCCGCAUCAACGGAAAAUUUGGUACUGUGGAAUUUAUGCCAAUCCACUUCCUGCACAAGUCCGUCAAUUUUGAUGAGCUGCUUGCUCUGUAUGCCGUGUCAGACGCAUGCAUCGUUUCGUCCACUCGCGAUGGCAUGAAUCUAGUCGCGUAUGAAUAUAUAGCCGCGCAGCAAAAGCGGCACGGUGUUCUGGUCCUCUCAGAGUUCGCCGGUGCUGCUCAGAGUCUCAACGGGAGUAUAAUAAUCAAUCCCUGGAACACUGAGGAACUUGCCGGUGCCUACCAGGAAGCUGUGACCAUGAGCGACGAGCAAAAAGCCCUGAAUUUCUCCAAGCUGGACAAAUAUGUCAACAAGUACACAAGUGCCUUUUGGGGCCAGUCUUUCGUGACGGAAUUGACGAGGAUAUCUACCCAAUCGGCGGAGAAAUUUCAGUCUAAACGGGCUUCCCUGGCUGGUGCGUACGAUGAACAAGUGAACGGUGUGGAAUCUGAAGGUUCAUCUUAACCACGCACGCACGGCAAAAGACACCGGCUUCUAUACUGCCUCUGGAGUCUCAGAAGGGAACGCAAAACAAAAGGGUGUGACGGAUGGUCUAGAGCUUUAUAUUGGGUCUAUGAGCACUGGAAGGCGUAAAAUGCUUUUUGAGUUUGAUUGCAUUGGUUUAAUACUCUCGGUCACUAGUAUGGAAUACCUUCAGAGUAAUCUUGUUCUUAGAUUCCUGGGUCCGGGUCAUGGAUGGGUAUAAAAGGUUCGAGGUGUUGCUGGUGUACAUGAAGCGUUCUGUCUAGGCUCUCAACUCCGUGUUAUUUCUAUCACUAUUUGUAUUUAAUAGACCUGAAGAACUCCCACUAAACACUAUUGGCCUGCUAGUUUAAUGCUCGCUGCGGACCGACCACUUAUAUUUGAAUAAAGGACCUGAGAAACUG